UAUCCCUUGACUGCAAAUAAAUUCAGUGAUCAAAUAAGAAAAAUUAUAUAAAAGGCUACAGAAAUCAACCGUAUGGAAAGAGAGCAGAACACGUAAGAAGAAACUUCCGGAGAUGGUGUCGACAUAUCUGCAACCCAUCAAUGGACCUCUAAUUUUCUCCUACCCUCGCCCCCCUCAUCGCUCUGCAAGUCUCUACAAGUGGGGAUUGAGAAGAGAUCAAGUUGCUAGCUUGACAACCAGUAGAACCAAGAGCCAAGUGUUUCGAGUUUUGGCCAAUCCAAAUGUUCCUAAGGGAGACAAAAGUUCUGUCAAUGAGAUUAUCAUGGUUGAUCCUUUGGAAGCCAAGAAGUUGGCUGCCAAACAAAUGGAGCAAAUUAAAGCGAGAGAGAAAUUCAAGAGACGACGGCAAAUUGAGGCAAUCAAUGGAGCAUGGGCGAUGAUCGGUCUCACAGCCGGCCUAGUUAUAGAAGGUCACACUGGGAAAAGUAUUCUAGCUCAGCUAGCUGGUUAUUGGUCUGCCAUUAUCAGUUUUUUUGUUCAUUAGACAGUAGUCCAGAAGGUACUGAAAUUAAAGCAAUUGAAGAUUCAUUCUUGAAAUUGAACUUGUACCAUCAUCUUUAAUUCUUGAAUUGCCUUUCUAUCUCAUAUGUUUAGUACCAUUCAUGAUUUGUAUAGCAACUCUAUUCUCUAACAUCUUUCCUCGUACAACAUUGUUUUAAACGUGGACCGGACGGGCUGUUUGAACUGGUUUGAGUUAAACUCAAUGGUUAGUUUGGUUCGGAUAA